AUGGGCUCUCUCGACGUCGUUCCCUUCUGGCACGUCAACGUCCCCGACCACGACCGCACCGCCGAGUGUCCCGCGUUCCUGCACGGGCUGAACCCCAAGGACCUGCGCGGCGUGUCGACGCCCGACUCGGCCUACGAGAUCCUGCCGUGGGCCGAGGUCGCGCGCAUCGUCACGAGCAACCGGCUCGAGCGCUUCCAGCGCGUGCCCUCGCAGCUGCGCCGCUACAAAAAGUUCACCUACCUCACCGCGCAGCGCCACGGCACCAUUGCCGCCUUUAUCCUCGACGAGCGCCUGCGCUGGGAAGCCCCCGUGCGGCCCCGCGGCCCGCCCUUUCAGCACCCCGACGACGUCAAGGUGCUCUACAACGACUGGCCGUACGGGCUCGACUCGCGCAUCAUCCACCUCGUCGUCUGGACCAAGUUUGAGCUCGUUGCCGACCCGGCGACGGGUGACUUGACGGACAAGGCGCGUGCGGAGAUUGAAGGCUACGUGACCGACACGUUUCGCUCCAAGAUGCCCGAGGGUCAUGUCAUGUGGUUCAAGAACUGGGCUGCGCUCAAGUCCAUCCAUGCCGUCGAGCACUUUCACGUCAUGCUCUUCGACCCUGACCCCGACUUCAUCCACCAGGUGACCAACGGCGAUAUCCCUCAGUGCAACAAGUUCACUGAAUAG